AGGAACAGAGAAGGAGAGAAGAACGUAGCCUCGCCAACAAAAACCGAAAAAUGACUACAACAACUACAGACCCAACCAAGACUAAGGACAACAUGGACCCUCCAUUCCACAUAUCCAUCAUCGGCGGCGGCAUAAUCGGCCUAAACCUCGCCCUAGGCCUCCUCAACCGCAACAUCUCAGUCACAAUCUACGAACAAGCACACGAAAUCAAAGAAAUCGGCGCCGGAAUCGGAAUCUCAUUCGGAAUACAAGAAUGCAUGAGAGAGCUUGAUCCACGGAUUCCUGAAAUGCUGCCUCGUAUUGCAGUUCUAGGUCCUGAUACGCUGCAGUGGGUUGAUGCUUCUAGUACGACAGAAGAUUUUGGGUUGAGAGGAGAAGGGAAAUUGUUUGAUAUGAGGUUGCCGAUGGGGGAGGGGUUUUAUUUGUGUCAUCGGGCGGAGCUGUGUAAUGAGUUGGUGAAGCUCUUGCCGGAGGGAUGUUUGAGGCUUGGAAAGAGGUUGGAUGGGUUUGAGCAGGGGUCGGAGAAUGCCAAGGUUGUGAUGAGUUUUACAGAUGGUACGAAGGUGGAGGCGGAUGCUGUCAUCGGCUGUGAUGGUAUAAAAUCUCGCGUCCGAAAUCUCCUCCUCGGAGACGAAAAUCCCGCCAGCAAACCGCAUUACGCCAAAGAAAGUGCCUACCGCAGCCUCAUCUCGAUGUCCAAAGCAUCCUCAAUCCUGGGCUCUUAUUCCUCCGUUCUAACUCUCUGGAUCGGCCACGGAGCCAGCAUCGUUACAUUUCCCCUCUCCAACAACAAAUAUCUCAACGUAGCUGCAUUCGUGCAAGACAACAAUAAAGACGGAUGGCCAGACUACCACAAACACACAGUUCAAGCAAGUAAAGCCGAAAUCAUGCAUGCCUUUGCCGAUUUCAAUCCAAGGAUUCGUCGUCUGUUUGAAGAAUUACCCGACGAGCAGAAUAGAUGGGGGAUUUUUGAUACGUUGGAUUAUCCGUUGGAGAGUUAUGCGUAUGGCUGUGUUGCGGUUGCAGGUGAUGCGGCGCAUGGAUCGACACCGCAUCAUGGAAUGGGUGCUGGGAUGGGUAUUGAGGAUGCGCUUGUUCUAAGAACGGUCUUGGAAAGGGCAAAGCAGAAACUUUCAGCAGAUCCUGCUGCUACGAGUAAGAAGAUUGCUCUGUCUCGUGCAUUUGAGACAUUCGACUCCAUUCGUCGAGAAAGAUCGCAGUGGCUUGUUGCUAGUAGUCGUCGACAGGGCCAAUUGGUGAAAUGGGGAGUUCCAGAGAUUCGUAAUAAGGAGGAUUUUGUUAGAGAUACACAGGAAAGAAUUUCCAAGCUUUAUGGGUAUGAUUGGAGAUUGAUGGUGAAGCAGAGUAUCGAAGAUUAUGAGAAGAGGACGGAAAGGAAAGACAGGUAAGUGAAUUAUGGAAGUGUAGAAGGCACCAGGCUCUGCUAUUAGGAGUCGGAAAAUAUUUGUAUCAAUAAUCUCACCUAACUAAACAUGCUAUAACUAACUUAAUCAC